UAAACACCUUGACCCUUAACCCGACGGACAUCAUGAACAUUUUACUCAAAUCCAUGGAUUUCGAGCUUCGAAUCUACAGAGAGCGCUCCACUCAACUACGUUUCCCCUCGCCAAUCAUAACUUUUCUUAACAAAUUUCAAGUGCGAGAAAUGAGAAGUGACAAUAGCGUAUAGUUUUUCUUCUUCUUUGGUCUGAAAUUCAUCAAUUUGAACAAAAUCUGAAGCAAAAGCUUUCAUGCUCCUCUUCCACUCUUACUCUUCUACUCUUUGCCUUGAAAAGCAGCCCUUAAGCAAUGAGGUAGGAUCUGUUUAGUUCAAAGAUAGCGAUUUUAAUGUCGGCUUCUCCGCGAGUCCCACCCGCCUAGGUCGUGAAGACGCGAGAAAGGAACAUGAAACAGCGUGCACGACCGCUGCCGCCAUAUGACAAGCCUAAGCCGUUGCACAAGCUAACAGAUAAAUAUAGAAAAAUUGUGCAUACAAAUUAUACAACAAACCAGUGGGUCGCGCACAAGUUGGCACAUCCGGAUUGAUAUGCCUGUCUCCAUCAAGCGACAUACUAUAUAAACAUAUUCACAAAUUAGCACCGUCUUCCUCCACGUAAAUAAUGAAUGGUCGCCAAAGAUUUGCACAUAACUCUUAACUAUACACCUCGGAACAUCUCUCUACUUCCACUCCAAAUUCACAGGAUACUAAUCAGAAGCAAGGCUCUUUCUGACUCGACAGGAACUCGAGUCGAGCAAAUAAAUGCUCAGAUUAAGCAUUUGUUUUUCUCCCGUACCGAGUCUGCGACAACACAAGGUUGGCAGCAGCUGCAGGUCAUGGAUAGUCCACUAUAACAGACACCAAAUUCUGUCGGGAAGGACAAUCAUCAGAGCCCUUAAAGAUGAGACAAAUGGUGGCAAAAAUGGAUUACCUGGUCAAAGUUGGGACCCCGGGCUGGAAAUUGAGGUGCCCUAUGAACAAAGGCCGGUGAAUGAAUACUCAUCACUGAAAGAUUCUACUUUAUAUUCGUGGGCCGAAUUGGGUCCAGGGUCCUUCUUCCUACGUCUUGGAGGUCUCUGGUUAGUCACUUUUACAGUUCUAGGAGUGCCAAUUGCAGCUGCAAGCUUCAAUCCAGCAAAGGAUCCUUUACGCUUUGUCUUGGCGGCUAGUACAGGAACUCUCUUUCUUGUUUCACUAAUUGUCCUCAGAAUUUAUCUGGGAUGGAGUUAUGUAGGCGACAGACUUCUAUCAGCGGUCAUACCUUAUGAAGAAACCGGAUGGUAUGAUGGACAAAUGUGGGUAAAACCACCAGAGAUUCUGGCUCGUGAUAGACUGCUCGGCUCUUACAAGGUCAAACCAGUGAUCCAGUUGCUGAAACAGACACUAGUUGGGACAGGGGUGUUACUUGUUGCAGCAGUACUUUUAUUUAUAUUUGCAACACCGGUAGAAGAUUUUAUCCAGAACACACUUUCAGCAAAGGAGAACUCAACCGAAGUUUCAGUUUCAAAGAUUGACACAAAGUACAAUAUAAGGAAAGAGGAAUUAUUUCGGUUGCCGGUAGAAGUCAUAGAUGAUGAUGAUCUAGCAGCAGCUGCUGCAGAAGCUGCUGAUGGAAGACCAGUCUACUGCAGAGAUAGGUAUUAUCGUGCAUUAGCAGGUGGGCAAUACUGCAAAUGGGAAGACCUACUCAAAUAACAAUAUAUAAAAGAGAAGACCAGUUCAACUCUCAGACUGCUCAAUAUUUCUGUUAUUGUCCUUUCAUAGGCAGGAAUUAACUUUGGCCAGUGUUUUUUUUUUUGGGUUGAACUUUACAUAGCAAAGAUUAAAAACAAAUGCAAUUGCAUUUGUUUUGCUCUGAUGGUUGGGGAUCAUUAAAAAGUGUCCAUCUUCAGAAGUGGGGAAUGAAGACAUACUAAAAAACUCAGAUUAGUUGGUCACAACACAAUGAUAUAUGUUUAUACCAUGAUAUCAAGUGCUAUGAGAUGACAAUGAGUAGCCCAAAGAAAAAACAAAAGGUCCAGCUUUUAUUUGGGGCACCCUCUUAUUUGAGGAAAGAUAAUUCUGCUCAACUAUGUAAAGACAAGACAAGUUAAAUCUAUAAGAUCAACAUAACCUUACAGCCCAAACUUGAAAUUUUCUCUAUAUGAAAUUUAUCUUUGAUAGGAA